AUGGUGGGUGAUGUAUUUGGCAGACAAGGAGAUUUUGUUACAUCUCCUGAAAUCAGUCAGAUAUUCGGUGAGUUGAUGGGAAUAUGGUUUAUGACACAAUGGCAAAGUCAAGGAAAACCAGACAAAAUCCAAGUUAUAGAAUUAGGUCCAGGAAGGGGAACAUUACUUUAUGAUAUGCUUAAUGCAAUGACAAAUUUUAAUGAUUGUUUUCGAUCAAUAUGUGAAGUACACUUAAUUGAAGUAAGCCCAAAGUUACGGGAAAUUCAAUAUCAAAAAUUAUGCAGCUCAUCAAGAAGCACAUUUGAUGGAGUGAAAUUUUUUUGGCAUGAUACAUUUAAUGAAAUUCCUGAUAAAUGGUCAAUGAUUAUUGCUCAUGAAUUUUUUGAUGCAUUACCAAUUCACCUUUUUGAACGCACAUCAAAUGGUUGGCAUGAAGUUAUGGUUGACAUUGAUGAUACAAAUAAUAGGCAAUAA